AUAUAACAUAACAUAAGGCACACAUUUAAGGACCUCCCAUAUAAAACAAAAAAGAAAAACUCUUUCCAAAGACAACGCAGACGACAAAAAAAGAGAACUUAAAACGUCCAGUAGAUAAUGAUGGUUUUGUCUUCCUCUACAUAGGUCCAUCUUUAGUAGAAAACAAAAAGUAGAAGGCUCCACAGUUACAUUAAAAAGUGUUUAACAAGAGAUGAACCAGGGUCGUUACGAUUAAAAGAGGCCGACUUAGAUCUACAGGGAGCCAACGUUAGCAAAUGCGCACCAAACAAGUGCUCGACUGUACAUCGCCUGUUCAUUUUUCCGUGUUGUAUUUUUCCUUUCAACACAUUGCUCCAUGUGAUUCUAGAUCUACAGCAUGUUUCUUUCAGUAUCAACACAUAGGAAAUAUAAACAUGUUUGAGUUACUUUGUUCAAACAAGUUACUGUUCUUGUGUUUAAUUCUUUCUGAGUUUGGUAAGGCCAUUGAAAUCUUUGUAACCCCAAAAGCUACAUUAAGUGUAAUGGAAGAUGACCCGGCCGAAAUGACCUGCUCAGGAAAACUGUUCGAAAGUAUGGUUAACCAGACAUGUAUAGAAAGUCUUGAAAUUGCUAAAAAGGACUAUACGGAUUUGCUUGUGCUUUACCAUCGAAGUGGCUAUUCAAUAGUGUAUCCAGUUAAAGAUCCAUCCUGGCAAGUCAGCCUAACAGGUCACGUGGUUGGAAAUGAGACUUGUAACACUCUAAGGACGUUGAAGAUUAGGCUAUACAUUCCUGAGCUUAAAAUGCAAGACGCUGGAAAAUAUUUCUGCAAACUCUAUACUGUCGAUAACAGUUAUCUUAAAAUGCUUGAAUUUAAUCUUCGGGUAGAAAGACAGCCGACAGUUAUGACAUUUCUAUUUUGGGAUCUGUUAUCCCGCUCUAGUGUCAAUGUCUACAUUUGUAAUGCAGGAUACAAAGCACAGGUUACUUUUGUCUGCUUUAGAAGAGAAAAACAGACAAGGUCGAUAAACAGACAUUCUUGUAUUGAAGAACAGCUCUUUGGAUUGUCUGACACCAAAACUGACUACUGUUACUUGAACACCACUCGGAGUGUCACCUUCCAGUUAAUAUAUGAUAAUUACUUCUUCAAAGAAAUCUUCAUGGCGAUUCCUGUCAGCAGAUGGGGAACAGAGUAUCGAUUGAUGCUUUUCAAUAAUGGAAUCUGUACAUUGUUUUCUGAACAAGACACAACUGUCUAUGUGGACAGAGGUAAUCAGAGGAUCUCAUUACCAAGAUUAACAUCAGUAGUGUACCCUAGUACACCAGUCACAGAUGAUUACGGUUCAUCCGAGCCCUGGAUGUCGUAUACUUUGAGUUCGAACGUCCCCUUUGGUGUUUUUACUACCACGUAUAUCUUUGGGGAUCUUAUGUCUCAAUUUCACAUUGAAACCGUAAUGCCUGUGAUGAAGCUUUGGAAAUACGAAUAUAUUGCUUACUGUAUUUUGAACCACGAUUGUCAAUGUGUUGUGUACUCAUCGUAUCACCAUUUAAUCAGAGUCACCAACAUUGCAAGUAAUAAAACUAACAUUUACGUUAUGAAACUGUCAGCCCUUCCGUUACAAGGAAGAUCGUUAAUUAUUGUUGGCGAAAACACAGUGCAGGUUAUCGUUGCUUCCAAAAAUUCGAACGCAACAGAACAUACAUUGUUUACAAUUGUCCCAUCCAGUCUCUUCGUGACAGAGUAUUUUGCAAUGUUGCCUGACGCGUUUAACAAUCAUUACAUCGUAGUCAUAGCUGUAGAAGACUUAAAUGAUUAUACGCUAAAUGAUAUGGCUUUAAACAGUUUUCCUGAAUAUCACAUUAUUAGCAGCUACUUGAGCUUACGAAUUUUACAAAUGCAGUUGAAUCCGACCCUUCAUUCGCCGUUCUAUCUGAGCUCUCAAAGUGGUCGAACUUUUGGCUGCUAUAUGUUUGGACAUGGCAAUGAAAGUUCCUAUGCGACACCCAUCACCUUUGGAAACACAAGCAGAGACUUUAAUUAUUCAUACGAUCAUACAACCACAACUUCAUCAACCAGGGCUACGUCAACAACUUUCACUACUACUACCAUACCAACUAGCACCACAGCAACGACUACCACCACACGAAGAACUACCACCACAACAACGACAACAACAACAACAACAACACCGUGUACGCCUAGCCCACAGAAGGACGGAGACGGGAAAGACAACGACUGCGAUGGUUACAUUGACGAGGAAAUUUCAAAUGAAAAAGAUGACGAUAGAGACGGUCUAACAGAUGAAGAUAACUCAGUUCAGACAGAAAACGGAUGUCUGCCUGGAUGGUAUGGAACUUAUUGUGACAUGCUGUGCAGAUGUGAGAACAAUGAAUGCUUGACCUCUGGGGAUUGUAAGGAAAAUGUCAGCUGUCUUCCAGGUUUCUUUGGGCAGCAGUGUCAGUACAAAGACCUGAUAAUGACAUCCACAGUAAGUCAAGAGGAAAUGAAGUUUCGUAGCGCCACCAAAUGUCAACAAAACUUUACAGCGUCUAGCCCUCUCGUAAUACGAUUUCCUGGUUUAACUCGAAUUUCCUGGAUUAAAAUAGAGGCUGUAUCAAAAGAUAGUCUAAAGGGCCUUCAAGUCAUGUACGAAAGCACUUCAAGACUUUGCUAUGCAGGGCGUUGUUUGGAGCGAAGAGAUAUUUUACUUGGAACUGACACACUGAUCAUCAGCUGUAACAUCCCUGGCUACAUAUGUCAGAUCAAUAUUUCGUUUAGUGCGCUCAACAGUCCCAGACACUGGUGUGCGGUUUAUGUUAGCGCAGGCCGCAAUCUUGCACUUGGCAAAAAUGUAUCAAUGUCCAGUUACUCUAACGACACGAAUGGAGUUAUCAGCCGUGGGUCACUCUCCGUUGAUGGAAUUACAGACAGCGCUGAGAAAAAAUGUUCUACCACAAAUAUCAAAGAUAAAAAACCAGUCUGGAGAGUUACAUUUCCCUCACCUGUAGUUGUAUUUGAAGUAGUCAUUCAGUUUAGAGCUUCAUUGAAUGAAACGUUCAUAGUACAAUUGUUAGACUGCAAAGAUCAAGUCAUCUCUACCUUCAGCGGAAUCACGGAGCCAAGAGUUUCAUUCAUACAUAGAACUAGACAUGGCCAAUAUACUCAGAGUGUGGAAAUAACUUUGAAUAAUUCAAACAGUGCUUUGUCAAUCUGUGAAUUUGAAGCUUAUGGAGAAUGUGCACCUCCUGUUUAUGGACCAGAGUGCACAGACAUAUGUAGCCUCUCCUGCAUAGAUCAAAAGUGCACCUACGAAGGCUACUGUUACAGCUGCGCCAACGGAACUGGAGGUCCGUAUUGCUUCGACGGCUGCCUGGAAUGGUGCGCGGACUACGAAGAGGCUACAAUGGCUAUCACCUCCACGACAAAAGUGACGUACGCCCCGCAUAAACAGACUGGAUUUCGAGUGGAGAACUUCUGGUUUUACUUUAUGGUCUUUCUCCUCCUCUGCGUCUGCUGCUGUGGAUGUAAAGGGUCAGACAAACGUCAAGACCAAGUUCUUUUACAGCGAUGGAAAAAGAAGGAACCUUUGCUACUCAAAGAAACUCCAGUGGAGUCAAAAAGGACUUUGUACACGUCACAAUUGUUUAGGUCUUCAACGUCUGUAGAUGUAGUGGAGUCGAAAAGGACCAUGUAUACGUCAUCAAUGUUCAGGUCUUCAACGUCUGUAGAUGUCACGGAGCUUACAGAAUCAAUUACUGUCAAAUCUUCAAGAUUGACAAACUACAGAUAAAAAUCUACAAAAGUUUUUUGUUUUUGUGUGAUUAAUGUUGCUUA